GCUGAAACUGAACCGUCAAUUACUGCUCAACCACGACAAUAAACGCUGCUCAAAUCACCAUCUGCGGGCGACGAGCUUCAAAAAUGGUGUUGGACCCUCGAGGAGAGGUCGAUGCUGCUGAAGGAGAACUUGAAGACUGUGAGAAGAAAAACCAGGAGCUAAAUUCGCCAAACCAGACCAAUGGGGAGAUGGAGAGCCUAACGUCCACCAAUAGCAGCGAGGACAAUUCCAGAAGCGACCAAUCAGAGAGUGAAGAACGAACCUUCAUCACCAAUCUCUACUGUUUUAUGAAGGAAAGAAACACGCCGAUAGAGAGAAUUCCUCAUCUGGGCUUUAAACAGAUCAACCUGUGGAAAAUCUACAAAGCUGUAGAGACACUUGGAGGAUAUGAUGCGGUAACAGCGAGGAGGCAGUGGAAGAACGUGUAUGACGAGUUGGGUGGUAGUCCAGGCAGUACAAGCGCAGCCACCUGCACACGCAGACACUAUGAAAGGUUGGUUUUGCCCUUUGAGCGGCAGCUGAGAGGAGAAGAGGACAAACCACUGCCACCGUCCAAACCUCGCAAACAGUACAAGAGGAGCCCUGAGAACCGGGGGAGCAAACCAGAGAGCAAGAAGAAGAGGAAGAUGGAGAGAGACGAGAGCGAGGAGAAAAUGUUGUCUGAUCACCACUGUGACAGAGGCAGGUGUUCUCAUCACAGUCCAUGGCUGAUAUCCUCUGAUCGCCUUGACUCCGAGCACACAUCCACAGCUCCAGUCCUUGGCAUGAGCUCCAGGGAGAACCCGCUUCUCCAGACUUCCAGCCCGCCCGAAGUCAUCUCCCCCCUGGAGAAGAAGAAGCGUCUGGCUCAGGCUAGCCUCACUAUCCCUGCCUCAGAGGACGGUGGAGAACUUGAGCGACCCUCCGUUAUCCACAUAUCCCACUCUUCCCAGUCUAACACUCGCGGUCGCCACUCCUCCGAUGGCUCUCCUGUCCCAGUCUCCUCUCCUUCUGGAUCCCUGUCUCGAAGCCCCUCUCCAUACUCCGUCUCCUCCGAGGACUGCAUAGCCGUCACGACUCAAAAGUCUCCAGCUAAAGAGCCUGAAAACAAAACAGCGACUCGUUUGCCAGCUCUGUCCACAUCCAAAGCUGUCAGCACCGGAGUUUGCAAACCACUCAGCUGUUACCCCAACACCAAAGAACUCGCCAACUAUCCCCGCUUACAUUAUCGAGAGUUCCUGCAAGCUGGUGCAACAGAAAAGACCCAGAGGAGUCUUUUAGCAUGGACCUCUGAUGAUAAAUCCAGACUUGCAUCCCAUAGGCUGCCCUUGCCAGCCUACACCAAACCCUACUGGGUCCCUCAUGCCUCCAGCUUCUCCAAGGUCUUGCCCCGGGAUCCCUGCAGGCCCAUGUCAUCACUACAGCCCUCUUUUAAACCGCACAUGUCCUCCUACCACCAGCACCUCCUAAAGAGACCUGAUGAAGCCUACUUGAAGAAGAUGCCAGUAUCUUCUCCGAUUCGCAUUACGGACAGGAAGGAGAAGGCAAAGACGGCGUUGCCCAAACCUCUGCCUACCCAGCAGUACCUCUUCCACCCGCAUGGCGGACUCACUGUGCCCUACCAGCCAGCUUUAGAAAGACUUCGAGGAGACCUGACGGUUGAACAAUUAAAAGCUCUACCUCUGCAGCCCGUGCUUUUUCCAACACAUCUGUCAAUUCCUCCUGCUCAGAGCCACUCUAUGCAUUGCCCGCCAGUGGGAACCCACUUUCCUGGGUCUUACGAAGCUGCUUUGCCUUCGUACAAUUACCCGAUGCCAAUCUGGCAUGCGCCUGCUGGAUAUAACAUGCCAAGCCUGCAGCCGUACUGAACUAUUCGCAGACCUUAGAGACUUACUUUUGGGCCGUGCUUGUAUGCAACUCCUCACACAUACCACUUGAAACUAAAAUAAUCAUUAAUACAGUUAGAAAAGGUUUAAGCGAAUUACAGUGAGCUGUUUACAUGAACCUCGUGAAAUAAAAGCCAACUUACAUAACUCAUAACGCACAAGCACUCUUACAUGUCAGAAUUUGAGUGUUAAUAACUAGUCUAGAGCACCGUCCACUGUUAGAAACUAGCCUAGAGUGCCAACUGCUGUGAAAAACUAGC